UGCGGCAUUUGCGGCAAAAUAAAUGUCAACACUGAGCUGAUGUUGAUUUAUUAUAUUUAUUAUACAUGUUGAUUUAUUUGUGAAGCAAUUUUAAUUUUUGGACAACUUGGGGGUCUUUAAGUUUCAGAUUGAGAACAAACCGCAGCAGCUAGAGAUGGAUGUGGUAACUGAAGACAUCAGUGGAUUUUUUGACCUGAACAUCAGUUCUAGCACUCAGUCGGACACAACCCUGCAGAAUGUACUGGACAGGGCAGCCAUGCUGGGAUACACCACUGUCGCUGUAAACGUGACCGCUGACCUUGACAAACUGGAGACGGUGACCUCCAAGAAGAAGAAGAUGCGGAAGGCGGCGCCGUCUGCGGAGGAGGCGGCCGCACUGACGGACGGGUUCCCCGACCCCGGAGCCAUCACCUUCACCGCGCCGGUCUGCCCGAGGACGGGCCGCAGAAUGCGCGUGCUGAAGAGGGUCACCCUGGAGUUCACCGGACAGGGAGACCUUUCGCGAAUCGGCCGGUCGACGAAUCUGAAGAAGUUCGACCUGCUUGCCGUCCAGCCGACCACCCAGGCCGCCUUCAACGUAGCGUGUCAGACUCUCUCGGUGGACAUCAUCUGCGUGGACCCGGCCUCUUUCCGCGGCUUCAUGCUGAACAGGAAGCUGGCCGGCCUGGCGGCGCGGCGCGGGGUGGUCGUUGAGCUGGUGUACGCCCCGGCGCUGUCGGCGGGCUCCGUUCGGCGGCAGCUGCUCCUGACAGCGCUGACACUGACAAACAUCACCAACGGAAAGAACAUGAUCAUCUCGAGCGGCGCCUGCCACGAGCACCAGCUGCGCGGACCGCACGACGUGCCGUAUGUUGCCGAGCUGAUGGGUCUAUCGCCGGCGGCAGCAAAGGCCAGUGUCUCCACCCUGGCCAAGAGUACGGUCAUUCACGCCGUGGGCAGGAACCGGACUGGGUUCUGCAUGGCCCAGCUGUUGCCUGACUCUGGAGAGUCCCGGCCCGGGAGUGCCGGAGUGACACCGGCGAAAAAGAGGAAAACGGCGGCGUGCUAGCGUAUGGGGUGACAGAGGUCCAGGGUUUGAUGGGAAAGGGUGGUUCAGGAGACACUGCCAGCCUAUGAACGACCGUGUUUUUGUCAAUACAACAUAUCAUGUCAUCGUGCGUCCUCAGUGUGACGUAGCCAGCUGACUAGAAUAAGUUACUCUAUAACACACUUAAACAGUACUGUAACAAUUAUAUUACAGUUUCUUCCACCAUACAAACACUGCGCGCUCACGAACCACUGCA